AUGGCCAGCUCCAGUGGAACAUACAACCCCGCGCGACCGAAGCGCGCUGGCGAGCAAUUCACGCGAACCCACCACAUGGACGCCGACGAACAUUCCACCAAGAAGCCCCGCUUUGACCCGCGCAACCCCUCCACGCUGGCUCCGGACGCAGACGACGAAGAAGAUCCAGCUCUCGAGGCUGACGUUAUAGGAAAAAGCGCAGGCAUCAAGCGGAACGCGGUCAACAUCGACGGCUACGACUCAGAUAGCUCCACGGAGAACUUCGAGGCGCGCGCAGAAGCCCGGCCCAACAAGGACGAGCCGCCCAAAACCGAGGACGAUGACGACGACAUGUUCGCAGAGGACGAUAAGGACGAUGAGAUGGACGAGGGAUUGCGCAGAGAUCAGACCAAGAAGAAGAAGUUGCGCUUCCUGGACGAUGCAGAAAUCGAAGGCCAGGAAGUGAACAGCAAGUCUGGGGGUCAUGUAGCUGUCGACUUCACCAAGGGUCCGAAGAGCAGAACCGAUGAAGUAGAGAGUAGCAGCGACGAGGGCGAUGACGAGUUGCGCGACCACGUCCCCUCCGACGUCGACGAGGAAAUAGGUGCUGGCGGCAAGAAGAAGCAUGCGCCCAAGCUAGAUGCUUUCAACAUGAGCGCCGAGCAGGAAGAAGGUCGUUUUGACGAGGCCGGAAACUUUGUGCGCAAGGCCUUCGACCCCGAAGCUGCGCAAGACUCGUGGUUGGAUGGCAUAUCGAAGAAGGACAUCAAAAAGGCAAAGGAGGCGCAAGACAAGCUGGAUGCCGAGCGAAAGGCCCGAGAACGGGCUGAAGACUCCAUCGUCACCAGCGAUGUCCUGUCGACCCUCAUCGCACACCUCGAUGUUGGCGAGACACCCAUGGAAGCUCUCGUGCGAUACGGCAAGGCAGCACCGAAGAAGCCAGCCAAGAACUGGGCCAAGAAGAAGAAGAGCCAGGCUAUGGAGGUUGAUUCAGAUCCAUCGCAGGAUGCUGCAGCGAUCAAGGCAAAGGAGGUGAUUGAUUCUAUAACCGAAUGCGCCAGUCGGCUGUCUGAUCGCGGCGUCGAGGACAUUUACGAACUCCCCCGCGAAUCCAUCAUGCGGCAGUACAAGCGUGAGACGGGAGAGGACUGGAAGAACCCGAACCCGGAGACAGUGCAGUGGGAGUUCCACUGGCUCAACGCACCAGAAGGUGAGAUUAAUGGGCCAUACGACCAAGCGACCAUGCAAGCGUGGGAAGCCAGUGGGCAGUUCGCAGCAGGAGCCGAGUUCCGACGCGUCGGCGAGACUGAAUUCUCGCGGCUGCUCGACUUUGAGGACUGA